AUGUGGUUGGUGAUAUUCUGCUUUUUCAUUCCGAUAAGCUCAAUAUCUGCUGAAUCUCGUCUGUUCGGACCCGGUCUUCGAGCGUCAUUUCAAGUACCAGUUCGGUAUUUUUACUUACAAACAUAUGAUGCGAACGGACAGAAACUUAAUCAUUCGACACAACCGCUCAAUCGAAUCGAAUUCCAUCUAACACGUGUCUCAGAUCAACUAUCUGCUCACAGUUAUCGUAAAGUUGAUGAUCUCAAUGAUGGUACCUAUUUAUUUCGGUUUCGUCUGUAUGAAUCCGUAAAAGAUCUUCAUUUGUACAUUCGAUUUGGUAACGAAGACAUCGAGCAUGUGAUUCAAGACUAUGUCUACUCGGACGGUUGUUAUUGUCCCGAAACAAAUCUGACACAAUGGUUUGACUCAUUCGAAUGUUCGGCAUCACGAUCUCAACUACGAACAGACAUGAAAGUCUUUAAAACCAUUGAUAUGAAGCAAGUUUUGGAAAAAGCCACUCUGAAAUAUUUUCAACACCCUCAAACAUACGCACUGUGCCAUUAUGUGAUCAAAAAUAACAAAAUUUAUCGAAAAUGUUACGGUGAACACACAGGAUUUAAAAUGUUUUCCGAUGCAAUAUUCUUAUCACUUUCUCGCAAAGUUAUGCUACCCGACGUGGAAUUUCUCAUGAAUUUAGGUGAUUAUCCACUGAGUGAUACGAACGAUGAUCCGCUACCGAUUAUAUCAUGGUGUGGCUCAGAACAAACUUAUGAUAUUAUUCUACCAACAUAUGAGAUAACAGAAGCUACACUUCAAAUGUUGUCAAGAACUACACUUGAUAUCUUUGCUAUGAGUACGACGCGUCAUUUACCUUGGUCGAAAAAGAUUUCGAAAGGAUUUUUUCGUGGCCGAGAUAGUUGUCCCGAACGCCUUGAUCUUGUUCGGUUGUCUCGCAAGCAUCCUGAUUUGCUUGAUGCUAAUCUUACUCGCAUGUUUUUCUAUCGCGAUCAAAUAUCCGAAUUUGAACCAUUUGCGCCACAUGUUCCAAUGCCGGAAUUUUUCGAUUAUAAAUAUCAAAUAUCUCUUGAUGGAACUGUGGCUUCAUACCGUUUGCCUUAUCUCUUAGCUGGUGAUAGUUUGAUAUUCAAACAAAAUAGUUCCUACUACGAACAUUUCUAUCAAGAUCUCAUGCCACAUAAACAUUAUAUACCAAUCAAGAAAGAUCUGUCGGAUUUAAUUGAACAGCUUCAAUGGGCAAAAGCACACGAUGCUGAAGCUCAAACAAUUAUUAAACAUGCACAACGCUUUACUCAACGAAAUCUUCUUCCUAAUCAUAUUCUUUGUUAUCAUGUCCAAGUUUUACAAGAAUAUGCUGAACGUCUAAUCUCACCUGUGCAGAUUCAUUCCGAUAUGGAAUUGGUUCAGCACGAAACAGAUGAAAGUCAUAUAAAAAAAGAUAACUGUCAUUGUCAUCGUUUAGAGAAUCUCAAACAUAUGAGUACGAAUACAGGUUAUGGUGCUCGUGCAUCUGGAAUUAUUUAUUCAUGUUUAAUAAAGAAUAAUAGUGAUGCUGAAGUAACGAUUCAAGUGGAAUUCAGUGGUCUGGCAGAUCAUCAUCGUGAAGUAGUUGACAUUGAAUUAGCUAAAGGUGAAGAACAAAUUGUGGAUGAGAAGGAAUUUGAGCAUGGAGAACAGCAAACAAAAUAUCGGAAAGGAAUUGAAUUGAUUCGAGUGAAACAGUUCGAUGGAAAAACGAUUGAAUUGAAAAAGCCAUUUAAUGGAGUUGCUUCACCGAAACAAAAUUGGGUUUUCGAAAUUGAAAAUGAUGCUAUAAAAUCAGUGGACCCACAAAAAUAA